CGAGGGCGACCCCGGCGACUCCGCCAUCGAGGACCCGGAGCUGGAAGCCAUUAAAGCCAGAGUUCGAGAGAUGGAGGAAGAAGCAGAGAAGUUGAAAGAGUUGCAAAACGAAGUUGAGAAGCAAAUGAAUAUGAGCCCUCCACCUGGCAAUGCUGGCCCAGUCAUCAUGUCUUUAGAAGAAAAGAUGGAAGCCGACGCCAGAUCUAUAUAUGUAGGAAAUGUAGAUUAUGGGGCAACUGCGGAAGAGCUGGAAGCCCACUUCCACGGCUGCGGCUCUGUCAACCGUGUGACGAUCCUCUGUGACAAGUAUACAGGCCAUCCCAAGGGGUUUGCCUACAUUGAAUUUUCCGACAAGGAGUCGGUACGAACGUCCUUAGCAUUAGACGAAUCCCUUUUCAGGGGGAGACAGAUCAAGGUGAUUCCUAAACGGACCAAUCGCCCUGGGAUCAGCACCACAGACCGAGGCUUCCCCCGGACCCGGUACCGAGGGAGAGGAUCUGGUUACAGCAGUUCCCGGGCCCGUUUCUACAGUGGCUUCAGCAGCAGGCCGCCCCGAGGGCGUGCUUACAGGGGCCGGGCCAGAGCGACCUCAUGGUAUUCCCCUUACUAAAAACAAAAAAAGUGGUUGUUUUAGGAAGGAGGAAAAAAAAAAAAGGAAAAAAAAUGAAGAUUGUUACCAUGAUGGAAAAAAAAUACUGUUGGUGGGAGGAGAAUGUUUCUAAUGCUGUGCAGAGAAAGAGGGUUGACGUAUAUGGGAGGGGGGCAAAAUAAAACUGUGGGGGGGCAAGCUGUUGUUAAACGCCUGGUAGUAUUGUUGAAAGUUGCCCUCUCCACCCUUCCCUUCCAUUUGCAGAUCUGGGAAUACUGGGCUAUUCUUCCUCUGUGUUUUUAUGAGGGGGCAGUUAUGGGGAGGUCUGGGAGGGCGUCCCGCCCCUCCCGGGUUCUGUGAUCGUUUUGUUUUUCUUCUGCACCCUUGCUCCAUUGUGUUUGUGUGUGUGCGCAUCUCUGUGCUUGGUUUCUUCCGCUUUCUUUGCUCUCUCUUUGCCCUGCCCUGCCCUGCCCUGCCCUCCCCCACCCCGACCCAAAUGGAUUAGCCGGGAAGAAGCUGGCAUUCACGGCUUCAUCGGUACCAUUUCCAGACAUUUCCACUCCAUGUUUGUUUCUGCUUGGGGUAGCCUCAAAUGCCUCAUCCUGUUCUGAUUAGGGGUUGCAGAGGGAUCCUUCCCUGAGCCUGCACUUCUUCUCGAUCAUCUCUUUGGCCCUUUCCCCUAAUGCUCUUCUGCACCCGAAGCAUCAUUCUAAAAUAAGGCUGGGGUGAUUCCUGUUAAAAAUGGUUACCCCGCCUUCAUUCCUGCUCUUGCUCACCAUUCAGGUCAUAGGUGCUCUGCUCCUCCUGUUCUCCUCCAUGUCUCCCUAGGGGUAUGUUAUAUGCCUUGUUUGAGUGUCUUUAUCUUCACAGGUUCCUUUAUUUUUUAGCCUGAAGAAAUACACCGAAACCUGAAGCUGUAGAGACCAGGGGCAGGGGAAAGGACUCCCUGGAGGGUUUGGUGGGUGUUGGGAACCAGAUUUCCAUGCGGGAGAAUGGCUUAAAAAAAAAAAAAAGAGGGAAAAAAAAAGAGGAAAAAAGUUCAGGUUGGGGGGGUGGGUACAGAGGAAGAAGCAGAAUGUUAUAAGGGUGGAAAAAAAAAUAAAGAUGUUUUUGGAAAAAACAACA